ACCGGUUUCAAAAUCAUUCUCAAAUUCAAUACUUUUGCAUAAAAAAUGCCUGGCCUUACUAUUGGAGACACUAUUCCUGAUCUUCAAGUUGAUACAACUCAAGGCAAGAUCAAACUCCAUCAAUUCUGUUCUGAUACAUGGACCAUUCUCUUCUCUCAUCCAGGUGAUUUCACCCCAGUUUGUACCACGGAACUUGGUAAAAUGGCUCAGUAUGCUUCUGAAUUUUAUAAAAGAGGAGUUUUGCUAGUAGGUUUGUCUUGUGAUGACUUGGAAUCACACAAGGAGUGGAUCAAAGACAUUGAAGCCCACACUCCAGGGGCAAAGGUGAACUAUCCAAUAAUUAGUGAUCCCAAAAGAGAAAUCAUCAAGCAACUCAACAUGGUAGAUCCUGAUGAGAAAGAUUCCAAUGGGAACCUACCAUCAAGGGCUCUUCAUAUAAUUGGGCCAGAUAAGAAGAUCAAGCUAAGUUUUUUGUACCCUGCAACAACUGGGAGGAACAUGGAUGAAGUGCUGAGGGUAGUAGAGUCACUUCAGAAGGCAUCUAAGCAUAAAAUUGCAACUCCUGCUAACUGGAAACCAGGGGACCCUGUUGUCAUUUCCCCUGAUGUCACCAAUGAACAAGCCAAGGAUAUGUUUCCUCAAGGUUUUGAGACUGCAAAUCUACCAUCAAAAAAGGAAUAUCUUAGGUUCACCAAUGUUUGAUGUAUGUGCCACUUGAAGGAUCUAUAUUGUAAUGAAACUAUAUAUGUCUAGUUCAAUUAUAUAUACCAUAAUAUAUAUGUGUUGCCCAUACUUUUAAGUAUCUUUUUGUUCGCUGUGGAUUCCAUGUCUACAGUUUUCAUGUUGUAAAAAUCCAUAUUUUAAUUUUAACUUGUUUCUUCAUCCACUUA